AAUCUGCGUCAAUAUUAUGCAAAAUAUAGUAUAGGUAACAAUCUAUUUCACAACGGAUCAUGGCGUCCAUUAUCAAAGACACUGGUGAAAUUUGGAGUCGACUAUUUGAUCAUCGACCAUUCAUUCAAGGUGAAAUCACAUUCUUCCUGCGCGAGUUUCAGGAAAAAAGAAAUGACAGAGAAGUGGAACGUCUUUUUAAAAUACUUGAAUAUUCAACUGAAUUGAAGGAAAAUCAAUUGGACCGUACAGAACAACUAGGCGAUUGUCAUUUACCCAGUUUAAAAGCAAAUGUUGAUGUAGCUCUGAGCAUGUGUGAAAGAGUUCUUCAAAGGGAACAAAAUUUUGAUAUUGACAAAGCAUUAGAAGAGAAUAGAAAAAUAAGAAAAUUAGAAUGGGAAAAGUUUGUCAAUGAUAUGAGUGAAAAAUGUGAGAAAGUAAAUCAAACUUUUGAAGAAAAAGAAGAUGAAAUAAAAGAAUUUUAUACUGAUCUGGAAAAAAAACUACAUAUAACAUAAAUUAUUUCCUUGUUACAUUAUUAUGUUAUAUAUUUUUUUAAUUUGGUAUAGCAACAUAUAAUACGAAAUAAUAUUACUUCUUUAUAUAAUCUAUAAAACUUCAAAGGCAAUGUUAUUUUGCUAAUAAUUGGAUACUUCUAUUU